CACCGGAUCAGGCUGACCGGCAAUGGGCGCCAUUUUGAAACCCCCGAACCUCCUCCUCCUCCUCCUCCUCCAACUCCGGCGGCGGCGGCGGCGCUGGAGGCCGCCUCACCACCAGCAGCAGCAGCAGCAGCGGCAGCUCCUCCGCUCUUAGGCCCUGGCCUCCCCUUUGGCUCCUCGCGGGACCUCUGUCUCUCCGGCCGGCACACACUGCGAGACAUGGCAGCAGGGGUGGCCGGAGGAGGAGGAGGAGGAGGAGGAGGCGGCGGCAACGACUUCCAGUGGUGCUUCUCCCAGGUCAAGGGGGCCAUCGACGAGGACGUGGCCGAAGCUGACAUUAUCUCAACAGUUGAAUUUAAUUACUCUGGAGAUCUUCUUGCAACAGGAGACAAAGGUGGCAGAGUGGUUAUAUUUCAAAGGGAACCAGAGAAUAAAAGCCGUCCUCAUUCAAGAGGGGAAUAUAAUGUUUACAGUACCUUUCAGAGUCAUGAACCUGAGUUUGACUACUUGAAAAGUCUAGAAAUUGAGGAAAAAAUUAACAAAAUUAGGUGGUUACCACAACAGAAUGCUGCUCACUUCUUAUUAUCUACAAAUGAUAAAACUAUUAAAUUAUGGAAAAUCAGUGAAAGGGAUAAAAGAGCUGAAGGGUAUAACUUAAAAGAUGAAGAUGGAAGACUCCGAGAUCCAUUUAGAAUCACAGCACUCCGGGUGCCAAUACUGAAACCUAUGGACCUGAUGGUAGAAGCAAGUCCCCGAAGGAUAUUUGCAAAUGCACACACGUAUCACAUAAACUCUAUUUCAGUAAAUAGUGAUCAUGAAACAUACCUUUCGGCUGAUGACCUAAGAAUCAACCUGUGGCAUUUAGAAAUCACAGAUAGAAGUUUUAACAUUGUAGAUAUAAAACCUGCUAACAUGGAGGAACUGACAGAAGUCAUAACUGCAGCAGAGUUCCACCCUCAUCAUUGUAACGUAUUUGUCUACAGCAGUAGCAAAGGAACUAUACGUCUCUGUGAUAUGCGUUCUUCAGCUCUUUGUGAUAGACAUUCAAAAUUUUUUGAAGAGCCUGAAGAUCCCAGCAGCCGAUCGUUCUUUUCAGAAAUAAUUUCUUCAAUAUCAGACGUAAAGUUCAGUCACAGUGGUCGAUACAUGAUGACUAGAGACUACCUUUCGGUUAAAGUAUGGGAUCUUAAUAUGGAAAACAGGCCUGUAGAGACCUAUCAGGUUCAUGAAUAUCUUCGAAGCAAACUUUGUUCCCUUUAUGAGAAUGACUGCAUCUUUGACAAGUUUGAGUGCUGCUGGAAUGGUUCUGAUAGCGCUAUAAUGACUGGCUCAUACAACAACUUCUUUAGGAUGUUUGAUCGAAACACACGGCGAGACAUUACGUUAGAAGCAUCGAGAGAGAGUAGCAAACCUCGUGCUAUCUUAAAGCCCCGGAAAGUGUGUACAGGUGGCAAGAGAAAGAAAGAUGAAAUAAGUGUUGACAGUCUGGACUUCAACAAGAAGAUCCUUCAUACAGCAUGGCACCCUGCAGAAAACAUCAUUGCUGUAGCUGCCACCAAUAACUUGUAUAUAUUCCAGGACAAAAUUAAUUAAAGACGGCAUAUUCGAGGACAAAGUUGUCGUCUUGCAUAGUUAAGCUCAGUUGUUUAUCUGUCAGAGAUGGCCUUGUUGUCCUCCCAGUAAAGAACAUUGAUGCACUUAUUUCCCUUUAUAGGUAAAGGAGAGAAGCUGGCCUGGACUUGAGUUCAUGGUGUAUUUCUGCCUUCAGUGAGGGGGAACAUGGAAAUUGAAUUUUUGUAAACAAACAAAAAAGCCCACUUGAAGCAGAAGUGAUGGACAAUACUCAAUAAAGGCCAAUAUUCAAAACAAAUGUAUUUAUUUAAGUCUGAGCCUUCCUUUCCAGUUGAUAGACCAAAAAUCUAACACCCAAGAAACAAAUUGUCAUAAAAUGUAAUUUCUAUCUCAUGUGCUCUUUAUCUGCUGUAAUAUUUGGGCCUUUCAAAACAUAUAUUUGUGCUUCAUGCCUGUAAACAUUCUUUCUCUGGCCUUCAUCUAAGCUUUAGGUGUUUCUACCUUUGAGCAUAUAGGUAAGUCUAGAGUUGGGUGCAUAGACAGGUUUUUCAUGUAUAUUUACUCACCAACUGUAUCUAUAACCACACCUUCUGGUGUAAACCACUUAAUAAAAAUAACAAACUAUAAAAAGUGUUUUUAAAUCUGAAAGUAUGUAUUCAGUCUUUUUUAUUGCAUGUAUUGAGAUUGUGCAAAAUAACUGAUGGAAAGAUUUGAAAAUAGUUUGUCCCAAAAAUACUCAUUUUGACAAUAUAAGCAGUUUCGUAUGAUGUUUACUGCUUCAAACUAAACUCAAAUUUUUCUCCAGUUGUCUUUACCUUAGCUUCUGUUGGUUUUCUGUGCUAAAAAAAAUAAUCUGUUGUGCAGAAAUCUAAAACAUUGAGUUAAAGUUCAUCUGCAGCCUUAAAUGAGCACAAUGUUUCUGUGCAUCUAAUCCUUCAACAAAUCACUGGUCUGGUUAACAGUAAAUAUGCCUCCAACUGAGACACAUACCUUAAUGUGCUUUACUUUUUUUACCUUUUAGUUCUUUGCUUUGAAGGUUUUUAAAUACAACUGGGCAUAAACAUAUACACCCCAAACUUCCCACUGAAGGUCAAGCUGGUAUAUUUUUAAACUUGAUUAUGCCAAACAGGAGCACAGCUUAAAUAUGUUUGUACUCUUACUCUGGGUCUGUGACACCAGGAGAUCAGGCUGUUAUGAGGCUGAAUAUUGGCGUGAAAUUACAUUUGUAAAAUAUGGAGUUUCUACUAACAACAUGAGGCUAAGGAAAAGUUUAUCACUUUUGGAAUCUCAUCUAGAAGACACAUGAUCAUCUCCAAGUGUUUCAUGGUAAAUGCCUGUGGGAGUAAACUUGUACACAAUAGUAGUAGACACAUGAUAGCACCGAGUAUCUCUCCCUUCUUCUGAAUUUACUACUAAAUGUGCCUACAAAAUCCUCCUUGAAAUUCAGGCCCGAACUUCCUGGCAAAAAUACAGGUGUAUGGUUCACACUCCAAAUUUAAUUCAAUGAAGGUUUAAUAUGAUUAUUAAGGUUAGAUAUGAAUAUGCAAGAGCAACAUGUCUCUGUUCGUACCCUGUCAAUUAAUGUCCAUAGAGUGCCACUCUUGUUCGCAAUCUAAUAAAUAGUAAUUGGGGGGGUUCUAAAGAUAAAGUUUAAAUAAAAAUCGUAUACUGUAUAUCAGUUGUGACACUAUUUGCAAAUCUUGAAAUGUGGAACGAGUAGGUCAUUUAACCAUUAGAUUGACUUUGUUCCUUAAAAAAUAUGCGAGAGCUAAUACAAUGGGAUUGUACAUAAUUGUUCAAUUAUUUUGACCAAAAAGUUUAAUAAAUUUUAAAUGUUUACCUGAA